UGAUUAGUCAUUAUAGAAAGGAACUGGGCGUGGUUAUGAACUUGGCUCCUGCAUCAAGGCAAUUUGUUAGCACCAGUAUGAGGCUUACGAAAGAAUAAAUAGUGUUGUUUCUGGCGAUUGGGCCAUAAUAAAUGUAUGACUUCACUCGAUGCUGACAUCACUUUUUGGCAGAAUCCUCCACAGUUUUAGCAAACUGCACGAUACCCAUACGAACUGAAUUAAGAGCCAUGAUGUUUGGCGGGGUUAAAAAUGCUGCCAUCCUGCUGUUGAUGGUGACGACGAUCGCUGUAGACCGAUGUUCGGCAGUAGUGCAACCGACGCCCAGCGGUCUCACCUUCAUCGGCAUCGGCUACAACAUCCUCGAGGGUAACCCAGAAGGGGGCGAACUUGGCAGUGGAGGGGUAGACCCGGGCCUCUUGGUCAGUAGACGGAUCUUCGAAUUGAGUUACGACGAAUCGAAAGUGUCGAGCGACGGUAUGUAUCGAGUUCCGGAUGAGGUGUACUUUGUCUCCCGAGACAGUGCCUUUACUUCGUCGUCACGUACCACUUUUCAUGGUACUGAAAGUUACGCAUCCAAGCUUUCUGCACAAGUUGAUGUAGCUGGGUCAUACAGUGGCACUUUCGCGAGCGCUGAAUUUGCAGCCAGUGCACGCUAUGAAACCAUCUCCAAUCGGAUGGCUAGUCAAGGGUCUGUCUUCUUCGCUACUCAAACGAUACAGAACCUCGGUAACGCGCGUUACCUGACAGAACUUGCUCAGCCUAAUAGCUAUGCACUCAAUAAUGGCUUCGUUUCUGACGCUUGCAGUCUCCCAAACUCAUACAAUGAAGCUGACUACAUGCAAUUUCUCGAAUCCUGGGGAACGCAUGUCGUGACUGAGGUGGAUCUUGGAACCAGAGUAGGUACCAACUAUGAGGAGAGCAGGUCGUCCUUUGUCGAAUACGCAUCGACACAGGUAAGUGCCAGCCUAAGUGCUGCAGGAUCCUAUGGUGGAUUCAGUGCUUCACUUGCAGUCGACAUGGACAGCUUCGAAAGUGGAAUGGAGAGCGGGUCAAGUUUCGGCAGCACUUACUCAAGCUACACGGUUGGCAGCGACGACCUGAACGAGCCCAUCAAAUUGGAGUUGCUUGGCAUGCAUGAGGUGUUCGAUGAAGAUUACUGGACCCUUCUCUCUACCUAUCUCGCAUCUGGCCACUGCAUCAGCUCUUUCCAACGGUCCAGUGUGGCAAGCAACGUACUAAGGGCUAUGCAGGGAUAUGCCAACUAUAGGUCCAUAGCACAAAGAACCGCUGACGGACAAGUCUUAAUCCCUCUAACUUGGCCUGAUGGCACCUACGGUCUCCAAAAACCUACCAGCGGGUGUCCCAACAGCGAGUUCACCUGGGUUGAAGGAUACCGGUACCACGACACAGAAGACAGCAAUAGCAACAACUACUGGAGUACUCCAUUGAACCUGGCAGGUUCAUUUGGUUCGAACAACAUGGGGCACAACUUCUGCAUAAAGACCACCAGUGUCGUUGACUCCAACUUGAAAUGGAGCUGGCAACCAGGGAGUUACUGCAUCUACAAGUACAACACUUGCCCAACAGGUUUCACAGAAGGUAACAUACGCUGGGACGAUGAGGAUGAUAACAAUCGAAACAGCGCCUCGGGAACGUUACCCUCCGGAGACUAUGGAGGAAACACAAGACUCUACUUCUGUUGUCGAAGUGAUGGCGUGACCGACCGAGGAAUCUUCCUCCCAACCGAAGACAGCUUCAUGCUUUUCCCUCGCUAUUCGACCUGCCAAGCGGUCAACGGAAUGACAGUAACGAAGAGUUGGUUUCGUUGGGACAACGAAGAUGACAACAACGGUGACAGCCAGACGGCCGUACAUCCCUAUGAAGGCCUGCAGGGAGGCGGUCACAACGUGAUACUUAAUUUCUGUUACUACGAACGGAGUUAAACUUGGCAAAGAACAUCAGACGAAUCAAGAAUAUAGGAGGAACAGUUUUAAAGCAACUUAUUUAAUCAGAAUCAUCAGCAUUUUGGUUGGGUAAACGUAGAUUUGUAUUGCUUUCCUGCCUCUCCUAUCGAUUUCUCAUUUUUUUUCUUCUUUACUAAAUUGAUUACAAAUAUAGAGUAAUAGACUUUAAGAACUUUGGGAUUUUUAAAGAAAAGCUUUUAAUCAAUUUAAAUUUCAUUUAAUUAAUGACAUCAUCUAAUUCAGGUAAAUCAUUAUAAUAGGGGUUGUGUUUCGAGGUUUCAUUUCUGGCGAUUUGUUCAUAGAUAUUUGCUUUAAGUAGUUUUUAAGAUUUGCUCGUAGUUUUAACAUGAAAGAGUAAGAUCCUUUUUUUUAAAAAUCAUUUUUAUUUAUCAAUGUGAUGAAAUUAAUUUUAUACGAAAAGAUUUCAUUAAAGUUAUUGAU